UAGAAACGUUGCUUGCGGUGGUGUUGGUAUACGAGCAAGUGGUUGAAUCAGCAGCGCAAAGCAGAAACAAAGUGGUUCUUUUCCGCCUGCAGUACGUUUAUGCCAACAGCUCUUUUCACACAUCUUCAGAUAGUGUGAGGCAUCGUUCUACCCAGCCCUAGCUAGAAGUAAAGAAGCCAAACAAUAGUGACAUCAUGCUGUCAACCUUCUUGGAUGCUGCUCGCAAUACUCCCUUUAAAUCACCAUUCACCAAAGCACAGUGCGAUGCGUCCGAGAAGCCUCUAGUAGUUUCCAGUGACCGAACAAUUGCAGCCGCUGCAUCCAAGCAGGUCGAAUUCGGUUCCAACGAAUUCUUUGGUCUGUGUGCCCUGAGUGGUAUACUGUCCUGUGGUCUAACGCACACGGCCGUCGUUCCUUUGGAUUUGGUGAAAUGUCGAUUGCAGGUCGAUGCGGCCAAGUACAAGAACCUGUUUCACGGAUUCAAAGUCACAGUAGCAGAGGAAGGUGCCCGCGGUCUAGCGAAAGGAUGGGCUCCGACAUUCUUCGGAUAUUCGGCACAGGGCGCCUUCAAGUUCGGUCUCUAUGAGGUGUUCAAAAUACAGUACGCCAACAUGAUUGGCGAGGAGAAUGCAUAUCUGUACCGUACCUGGUUGUAUUUGGGUGCGUCCGCCUCGGCGGAAUUCUUCGCGGAUAUUGCGUUGGCACCGCUGGAGGCAGCUAAGGUCAAAAUUCAAACCACCGCCGGAUAUGCUAACAACAUGCGUCAAGCUUUUCCCAAAAUGAUGGGCGAGGAAGGCAUCACCGCUUUCUACAAAGGAUUGGUUCCGCUCUGGUGUCGCCAAAUCCCGUAUACAAUGAUGAAGUUUGCCUGUUUCGAACGUACCGUCGAACUUCUGUACAAACACGUUGUACCGAAGCCACGUGCCGAUUGCAGCAAGGGUGAACAGCUGGUGGUUACGUUCGCUGCCGGUUACAUUGCCGGAGUGUUCUGUGCCGUUGUGUCCCAUCCGGCUGAUGUAGUAGUGUCCAAGUUGAACCAGGCGAAGGGAUCCAGUGCCAUCGAUGUCGCCAAGAAGCUCGGAUUCAUGGGAAUGUGGCACGGAUUGAUGCCACGUAUCAUUAUGAUCGGUACGCUGACCGCACUGCAGUGGUUCAUAUACGAUGGCUGUAAAGUGGCUCUUUCGCUUCCACGCCCACCCCCACCGGAGAUGCCAGAAUCGCUCAAGAAGAAGCUGGGAGUGGAAUAAAUAACCGCAAUGUGCUUGCGUGUGCGGGUGUGGCUGGUGCUAACCAACCGACAGACAUGUGAUUAGAGAUUAAUGUUUUAUCGAAUUGAAAGUAAGAUCAACAGUGUGACAUACGGGUUGGACGUGUUUUGCGAAACUACAACUAUCAAGAUCAACGUAAUAAAACCGAGAAUUGUUCAACCGUUACUAAUAA